UUAAAUAUCCAUUCAUUAUUUUACAAGCAAGAGCCGCAUGCGGCUCCAGAGCCGCGGAUUGCCGACCCCUGUGCUAGCCUACUUUAUUGUCCCCAGCAAUUUUUAAACACCACUCAAGUGUAUGGUUAUUGUCCCCAGCAAUUCUGACAACAAACUGACGCCCUUGGUGAUGCCAAACCCAAAUCAGUCACCAAACUAGCCCAAAUUUCUAACUAAAUAUAAUUAAAUUGAUGUUCUUCUAAUUGGUGUCUGUGUGAUUUGGCAGAUGAGAAGGAUGAGAGAAGGAGAGUGGAGAAGUACUUCACGUUUAUCCAGAGUUUACCAAAGAUCAACAGGUCAACUCUUGAGGCUCUGCUGCAGCACCUGUACAGGAUCCAGCAGUGUUCCCACCUUAACCAAAUGCAGAGUGAAAAGCUGGCCUCUGUCUUCUCCUCCUGCUUGUUCCAGACUCGGGGACCAACCCCGCAGGAAAUCAGCGUGGUUCUCGAUCUGAUCAACAACUACAUUACACUCUUCAAUGUCAACGAAGAUCAGGUGCAACAGAUGGAGAGGGAGAACAGCUUCAUCACGCGCUGGAAUGAAAAGAAGGACACCUCGUUCUGUCCAGCAGGGGAUUUGAUAUUCGAGGUGUACCUGGAAAAGCGAGUGCCAGAGCAGUGCUGUUUAAUAAAGGUUCAUCCAAGUAUGCGGCCUUUAGAGCUCGCUGAAACUGCGUUGAGUAUGAAAAACGGCGCUUUCAAGGCUGAUGACUUCUGGACCACCUUUGAAGUAAUCGAAAAUGGAGAGCUAGAGCGGCCGCUGCACCACUGUGAGAAGAUCCUUGAGCAAGUGCUGGAAUGGAGUGCCCUGGAUUCCCCCGGCUCUGCUUUUCUUCUAAUGAAGAAGUUUCCAGAGGCAAAAAUAAUGACCAACAGCAAAGAUCUGAAACAGUCCAUAAAAGGUGACUAUCUGAAGUUCAGUGAUGGAUCGUCCAAACUUCUGUCGGGCCACAAGUUCCAGGACAAGUACGUAGUUCUUCAAGCAGAGAAGCUGCUGCUCUACAGGGACAUCAAAAACACUAAAGCCGAGAAAGCGAUCCAACUAACGACAGUGAAAUGUUUCCUGGGCCUGAAGAAGAAGCUCAAACCUCCAACCAACUGGGGCUUCACAGUGUACACGGAUAAACAUCAGUGGCACUUCUGCUGCGACACAAAGGAGACGCAGGUCAGCUGGGUGACAAACAUCAUCACCAUGAAGUUUGGAUCUGACCUCCUUUCAAAGGGCGUAGAGUCAAAAGAAGCCGCUGUCAUAGUUUCCAGAGGGGGUGCUAUGUCAGAGAGCACCAAGAUUCCACUAUACAAUCACUGCUCCAACAAACCCGUUUUACCGCAGCUGUUAAACCGGACAGUUUCUCUCAGCGAUGGAGAACCAAAGGCGGCUACAUUCUCCGGUGUCCAGUCCAAAGCCCGAACUCUGCCCAUGUGCCCAGAGCCCAGUGACCUGUUCAGCACCCCCGAGGCCACUCAGAGAAGAAUGCCCUCAGAUGUGUGCUUACCACAUAAGCCACCUUCACCGUCCUGUCCCAGACACUCGCAGGCCACACCGAUACCAGUCUCACCUCAAAUGUGUCAGAAAACACCCGGCAAACGGCCGCCUCCGUGUGGGGAAGGCCUCAUGCCGGCCAGCCUUCUAAAUGAACUGAACACGGUGCUGAACAAGACUGGUCGCAAGAAAAGUGACUGAUAAAACAGAGAUGAAUAUGUUUAGUUAAAAAAAACGAGAAGAAACUGAAAUAGAAGAAUACGUAGCCCGAGUGCUGUUGUUGAACUCAGGUAUGAGGGAAGUGUUAAAGGACGUAGAAAACGGGUGGGAUGGAGUGGAGGUCAGCUAACCUCAGUUGGAUGUGGCACUGACCCAAGCACUACAUACUGUGAUUUAUACGUCAACUCUUCAAAUACAAAAAAGCAGACUAACCCCAAAAUUCCACUACCUCCGCUCCGGCACGAACUCCGCAGCAAAAUCGGUCCUGUUGUAGUCAAUCAGAGCUGUUCCACCACUACGGCAGUGCGCCGGCCGCCGUUCCGCCAUCCGGCAAAAUAGGAUCGAUUCUAUUUUUGCCAGACGCCGGAGCACCUCCGCAGUCAAUGGACAGAAAUCACAACCGCCCAACAGGAAAAGGAGCAAGCACAACUUCCAUUAUUUCACAAUAAAUCGAUAAACAAAAAGCGUUUUUCAUUUCAUAUGCACAGGUUUAACAACCUUUAACAACUUUCAAUGGCGGUUGAACUUUAAAUGCACAAAAAUAAGCCAUAAAUACAGUUUCCACUAUCAAAGUAGUCAGCCUUUGUUGAUCCAAGCACUGCUGAUCUCUCAACACAAAUGAUGGGCAGAUUAAACAGUUCAUUUCGAUGCUUCUCCCACACAACGGGUGUUUGGAUCUAACUUCCGCGUUUAUUGCUCGGACUGUAUCGCAAGAUCUCGAAAAUCCCGCGCAUGCCUGUUUGCGCACCUCAGGUCUCUGCACCGGAGCGGAGCCGUUGUAGAGCGGGUACCAGUAAAAAUUGUGUUCGGAAGCGAGCGGCUGCGGAAGGCGGGGGCGGAGCGGAGGUAGUGGAAUUUUGGGGUCAGGUGUCAAACAUGAGGAGAGCUGCUUUCUGCUGCGUCUCACGGGUACGUGGAGUGUUUUCACACAUUGCUGUAGUGGUGAAUUUGGUCUUUUGUGGUACUUUUCAUUGAUGGCACUUUUUUUACACAUAGAAUAAUACAGAUAUUAUAAAAUUAUACAUAAUGUUUAAAUACCCCUGGAUGUGUGCAGUGAAUCCAAAAAGGAGUUGAGCCGUCAGUGGUUGAACAGGUUGAGCUCAAGUAUUUAUUUUUAACCAUUAGGACAUUUUUCAAGUGUUUUGAUGAUUAUGUAGCCUUUAACUGUGCGACAACUAGCAGCGUUUCUGAAGUUUCACCACUUCAUAUUGCCAAAUGUAUUUAAAGCAUAUAUAGAUGUAUUAAUAAACACUUGAUCAUGCUUGCCUUU